AUGACGGUCUUUAUCUGCUCUCUCUUUCUGCCCAAGACCAUCCAAUUCAACCUGCCGGGCAACUCUCGCCGGCGACACACGCUCACGAAGCGCCAAAAGGCCUUUGAGCCGCCCAAACCGCCCGCGGUCCCCCCCGUCGACGUCCAGCCCAGCCUCUUCACUCCGCGACCCGACAUCACCCCGCCGCACACCCCGGUCGACGAGCCUAGUUCUCCCGAUCCCUUUGCCAACGAAGAUGGCUUUCGCAUCCAGUUCCCACACAGCGGCGACUCGCCCACCGACAAGACCAAGAUCUGGGGCGGUCGUGCCGACCAGCCCAAGUCUCGCGCCAGCACGCCGCCGCCGGCCGACAUCUUUGAGAGCAGCCGGACGCUGCAGAAGGCCACCGAGAUGGGCCGUCGAGGCAUUGACAAGCCCCGGACGCUGAUGCGUAGCGAGAGCCACGACAAGGUCUUUGCCACGGCUCAGUGGCGCGUCGUCGACGCCGACCAGGGCAACGGCGGCCUUCGCAACGCUGCCCUGGCCGCCGCUCGCGAUGGAAAGCUGUCCGACUACACCUGGGUCGGCACCCUGGGCAUGCCCACCGACGCUCUCGAGGGCACCCAGCAGAAGCAGGACAUUGAGGAUACGCUGGCUACCGAGUACGACAUGCUGACCGUCUUCUGUUCCGACAAGGACUUUGAUGGCCACUACACCCACUUUUGCAAGCAGAUGCUCUGGCCCGUCUUCCACUACCAGAUCCCCGACAACCCCAAGAGCAAGGCGUACGAGGACCACUCGUGGAAGUACUACGUCAAGGUCAACCAGGCCUUUGCCGACAAGAUUAUCCAGAACUGGAAGCGCGGCGAUGUCAUCUGGAUCCACGACUACCACCUGCUGCUUGUGCCCGGCAUGAUCCGCAAGAAGCUGCCCGAGGCCAAGAUUGGCUUCUUCCUGCACGUUGCCUUUCCCUCGUCCGAGGUCUUCCGCUGCUUGGCUGUUCGAAAGGAGCUUCUUGAGGGCAUGCUGGGAGCCAACCUCAUUGGCUUUCAAAUCCAGGAGUACACGCGGCACUUCUUGCUCACUUGCAGCCGCAUCCUAACCGUCGAAGCAACGCCAGAGGGCAUUCAGCUGGAGGACCGAUUCGUCGACGUGGUGCACAACGCCAUCGGCAUCGAUCCCGUUAGCCUGAACAAGCACCGCGAGGAAAACGAGGUCAGGAAGUGGCUGGCCGUCAUGCAGGAGCGCUACCAAGGAAAGAAGCUCAUCGUCGCACGAGACAAGCUCGACCACGUGCGAGGCGUCAGGCAAAAGUUGUUGGCAUACGAGCUGUUCCUGAAUAAGAAUCCGGAAUGGCGCGAGAACACUGUCCUGAUCCAGGUGGCGCUGUCUGCGGGUGAGCCUACCGAGCUGGAUGCUGCCGUCUCCGACAUCGUUACGCGCGUGAACUCGACGUGGGCAAAUCUGGCGUAUCAGCCCGUCGUCUAUCUCAAGCAGGACAUUGACUACGCCCAGUACCUUGCCCUGCUCACCAUCGCCGAUGCGCUCAUGAUCACCAGCCAGCGUGAAGGCAUGAACCUGACCUCGCACGAAUAUCUCUUCUGCCAGGAUGGCAAGAUUCUCCCCGACAAGAAGCACGGUUCCCUCAUUUUGUCAGAGUUUACUGGCACUUCGUCGCUGUUUGGACGCAACGAGUUGUCGGUCAACCCCUGGGAUUACCGCCAGUGCGCCGACGCCAUCAAGCAGGCGCUGGAGAUGGGCGAGGAGGAAAAGACGCGUCGGUGGGAGAAGCUCUACCAGUCUGUUGCGCACCAGACGGGCUCGCACUGGUUCAGCGAAUUCCUCAGCCACCUGGAUCGUUCAUACGAAGAGCAGCACAAGCGCGACCAGACGUACGUGCCGCGCCUCUCGAUGAGCUCUGUCACUGCCAAGUACACGAGUUCCCAGAGACGACUAUUCAUUCUCGAUUACGAGGGCACCCUGGUCAGCUGGGGCCCCGUGAAUCAGAUUAUCCCAGUCAGCCCACAGCGGACCCUCGAUGUUCUCAACGACCUGUUGCUAGACGAGCGGAAUACUGUUUACGUCAUGUCUGGUCGACGGCCGGAGGAGCUGGAUCGGGUAUUCCGCCGCGUGCCCAACCUGGGCCUGAUUGCCGAGAACGGCUGCUUCCUCAAGGACUGCGGCCAGGAACAGUGGGUGGCGAUGGCGGACGCGGACCAAAUUACCAACUGGAAGGAGUCAGUCAAGCCCAUCAUGCAAUACUAUCUGGAGAGAACACCGGGUACCCAUGUGGAGGAGAGGCGGUGCAGCCUGCUGUUCCACUACAACAACGCCGAGGACUACGAAUCGGCGUCCCGCCAGGCCUCUGACUGUGCCAGCCACGUCAACGAUGCCUGCGAGUCGCUGCGGGUGCAUGCCGUGGCAACGGACGGAGCCAUCGUGGUUGAGCCCCUGGACUGGACCAAGUGCACUGCGGCUCAGCGAGUGUUCAAGCAGCUGGGAGAGCACAUGAAGUCGGACGAGGUUCACGAGCAGCCCGUCGACUUUCUGAUGGUUGUCGGUGACGGACGAGAAGACGAGAAGGUGUUCAAGUGGGCGAACAGCCUGGGCGACCAGAACCAGAUCAAGAAUGUCAUAACCGUGAGCCUCGGCAGCCGAAGCACCGAGGCAGCGGCUACCUUGACCCAGGGCGUGAGCGGUGUCUUGAACUGCCUUCAGCGACUGGCAUCGGUUUCAUAG